AUGAACAGCAAUAUUGAAGAUGAUCCAUGGGCAAGUGGAUGGAAUGAUUCUUCCAACACUUCUAAUGAUACCACAUCAACACCAUUUCAAUCAACGUAUUUAACUUCAUCACGAUUAUUUACAUCGUCAAAUCAAAACCCUGUUUCAACAACAAGUCCAAUUCCACAUCAUCUUCAUCAUCAAGCACCAUCAAUCCAAAGUUCAAUGAAUAAUGUUCCAAGUUCUUAUGAGACUGUUUAUUCCCAUUUUAUGAAUAAGAUCAAUUCAAUUACUGAUUUUGAAAUUAAUAUAAUUGAUAAACUUGUUAAUAUGGAUUAUUUAACAAAUUAUCAAAAACAAAAAAUUCUUGAUGUUAUUUAUGAUAAUAGUUUAUUACCAAUUACUCAAUCAUCUAAAUUUUAUCAAAUUUUAGGAUUACUAGCUUUAGAAAUUGAUGUACCAGGUACUGGAGAUUUUGUAACUUUACAAUUUAGAUUGAAUAAUUUACCUGAUUUACCAGAAAAAUUCAUUAAUGAAAUAACUCAAGAUGUUGAAGAUGAUCCAUUAAUGGGGAAUAGAAAUAGAAAUAAAAAUGAUAGUUGGGGCAAAGAUAAUGAUGACGAUGACGAUGGAGGAAAUAUUGGUAACACCAGUCUAAUUAAUGAUCCUUUAUUAGUUGAUCAUUCUCAUAUUCAAGAUGAAUCAAGUCAUGUUGGUGAUGACUCAAAUCGUGUAGAAGAUCAACCAGUUGCUAGUUCAAGUGUUGACUCUGAAUAUAUUGAAAAAUACAUCAAUGAUCUAAAGGAUCAAUUUAAACCAUUGUUUUUAGGUGUUGAUUUAAUCAAGAUUAAAGAAGUUCCUGAGAAAGAAGGGAUUUUGUUUAAACAUAUUAAUUACAUAAUCACUCAUAAUUUGAAAAUUGGUGGUUCAAGUUCAGGAACCAAGAAAGUUAUUAGAAGAUAUUCUGAUUUUGUUUGGUUAAUGGAAUAUUUACUUGAAAAGUAUCCAUUUAGAGUUAUACCAGGGUUGCCACCUAAAAAAUUCACUGGUAUGUAUUCUUUGAUUAUUGAUUCAUCAAAGAGUUUAAUAUUAAAUACUAACGAUAAUUCCCACACAGUAGGAGCUUCUCCGGAUUCUCAAUUUUUACAAAGACGUCGUCGUGGGUUACAUAGAUUUUUAAAUCAAUUGAUCAAACAUCCUGUUUUAAGUGAAGAACCAAUAGUACAAACCUUCUUGACUGUUCCAACAGAUUUAGCUACUUGGAAAAAACAAGCUAAAAUUGAUUCUUCUUUAGAAUUUAAAGGACAAAAAAUCCAACCUAAUUUCAUGAAUACCAUUUGGCCAGUUGUGGGAGAGACUUUUUUAAAGAAUUGGAAAUCAGCUGAAGAGAAUAUUCAAAAUUUGAUUGAUAAAUGGGUCAAAAUAAUCAUCCUUGUUGAAAGAUACGAAAGAAGACAACAACAGAUAAGUUUUGAUAAUGGGAAAUUUGUGGAAAUGUUGAAUGGUUUCAGCAAAUUGAACACAGAAAUUUACCCUGAUGAAAAUCAAGACACUAAAGUUCAACAUGAUUUCAGUUUUAAUUCUUCUGGUGAUAUUACUAGUAUAAAUCAAAGUUUGAAUUCUAUUGGAGAAUUUUUCAAUAAAUCUUCACAGAUUUUAAUUGAUGAAAGUUAUGUAAUAAAUACCACCACAUUGGAGAAGUUUAAAAACUACUUGGAUUAUUUAAAUUCUUUACAAGAAUUGUUUGAACGAACCAAGAAAUUAUCAAUUAAUCAAAUUGAUAUAUUAGAUCAAAGAAUUAAAGAACAAGAAGUCAGAUUUAAAAAAAUCAGUGAUGAAAACCCUGAUGCUAAAGGAGGUGAAUUACUCAAAUUGAGACAAGCUAUUAUUAAUGAUAAACAAGAAAUUUUCCAACAAUUAAAUAAAGAUUGGUUAAUUAAACAAAGUUGUUUACAUGAAUUUAUUUAUUUUCAAGAAACUCAAUUUUUAAUAACUGAAGUUUGGAUUGAAUGGUGUAAAGAUAGAUUUAAAUGUCAAGAGAAAUUAACAGGAUUAUACGAUAAUUUAAAUCAUGAAAUCAUAAAUGACAUGCCAUUAAAUAGAUAG